GUGUGCGUGGCUUGUUUCAGAGCGCAGGCGCCCCCAACCCUCGACGCUGCACGCUCGCUCGCCCUCCAGGCCCACAUGUGAGGCGGCGGCGUGGCGGGGCGCGGAGGCGGCGCGCGGCGGGGGCGGCGGCGCGCGGCGCGAUGGAGAACGGCGUGCACCACCACGGCGGGGCGGCGCCUGGCGCCAGCCUCGUCACCAAGGCGCUCAACAAGCGUGCCGACAGCGUGCGCGACCUCAAGCCCGGGGACGCCAAUAAAGGCGACGCCAAGGCCGAGGCCAAGCACGAGGCCAAGCACAAGAAGGGCAAAGAGAACAAGAAGGAGUCCUCGGCGGGACUGCCGCCUCAGCUGACGCAGCCCGCGUCGACCCAGCCGCGGGGCAGCACCAGCAGCUGCGCCAGCGCCGUCUCGGCCGACAAGCAGGACGGUGCCAACAAGGAGGUCAAGUUCCGGGACCCGGAGAGCAGCGGCGGCGACGAGGCAUCGGGCGGCGACGGCUGUGCGGCCGGGGCCGGGGCGCCGGGCUCGCCCAAGGUGCCGCACAAGUUCAUCUCCAACUGGAAGCACGCGUGCGACAAGACGCGCGACCGCACGCGCGACCUGCUCAAGCGCUGGCGCACCGCGCCCGAGGGCCUCGAGCACGGCGCCGCGGCCGCCCGCAUGGCCUCGGGCUCGGGCGCCGGCCAGCCCGACGGCGCCGCGCCGCACGGCCAGGGCGGCUGGAGCGUGCACGUCUGGGCCACGUGGGUCAAGCGCCUGCCGAGCGAGGAGGAGGGCUUCCUCAACCAGGAGGUGGAGAACUCGGCCGCGCUCCUGUCGCCCGUCCAGCGAGAGAAGCUCUCGCAGUUCUUCGCCCACCUCUUCGACGGCGACCGCGACGACAUCGUCUCGAGGCAGGACUUCGAGAACCUGAGCGAGAGGCUGCGGCACUUCGCUGACUGGUCCGACAACUCCUCCGAGUACCACAUCCUGCGCGAGGUGGAGCACAACUUCAUCAGCACCUUCCUGGAGCCCGAGCGGCGAGACGACGACUCGGGCACGUCGCCCGCCUCCUGGGGGCCCGAGGACGGCGUCGUGGUGUGCCCCACCGGGGAGCGGGAGCGGGUGUGCAGCCUGGACCAGUGGCUGUCCCGCUGGGGAUCCAUCCUGGACAAGGCCAAAACCUUCAACGAGCUCCCCGUGUGGCUGCAGUACUUCCCCCGCGUCAUGUUCCACGUCAUCAACAAGAGCGGAACGGGGGUGGUGAGCCGGGACGAGCUCAGCGCCUUCUACUCCUCCGUCCUGGGCCUGGGCGCCCAGAGGGUGGGCGAGGUCCUGGACUCGGCCUACAAGGCCAUGACGGCGAACGGGGACCACCCCCUGUGUUUCCCGGCCUACCGCUGGUGCUACGCCAACUUCCUCCUGGGACGACACCGCAAUGGACCGGGGCAGUAUCUGUUCGGUCCCGGUGAGGCCGCCGACGUCCGGAGCUGCCCCUUCCCCGUCGACUACAGCGCGCUCAACACGGCGCCAGAGGAGCUCGAGCAGUACUCCCCCGACCGCAAGAGCAACCGGCGGUCCGUCGUUGUCUGACGCACAUCGCCAUCGCCAACCUCCUGAGUGUGGAUCCUGAGCUCGACAGUAGACAUAGCGACUCGCUUGGCCCUGGGUGGAAGGAGAUCACGUCCUGUCCACCCUUGACUUGCUGAAGGGCCACUAUUAAAACUACUUGUCAGUCCGAGUGUGCCUUUAAAUCUUGAAACAUCAUUGGAUUUUAAAUAUUGACAAAAUGAAAGAAAUGCAAUUGCUAACA